GAAGCCAGAUCCUUUCAUAGCUUGUUGAUCUGUGAAGACAAGCUGAGUCUGUAGAGACUCAUUUUCUAACCCCAGAAAAAAAGCAGUCGGGAGAGAAAUCCAACUGGGGGUGAUAGUCUGGAGAGGAGAUGCAGAGGAAACAUGACAGAAGGGCCAGCAAGAACAGAGACCACUUCACUGAAAAAGGAAAGCGAAGCAGAACUAGCUCAGAAAGAAGUGCCGGAAGGCAUGAGGUGUGGUCCUGGAAAACAGCCAGCAAGGAAUCCCUGUGUCUCAUGUGGCAAAAAGUGAAAGUGCAGCUAAUGUUAAGCAUGUCCUUCCUCACUGCUCUUUUUUGGUAUUGUAGAAGGCUAUACAGCUUUUUAGCACAGCUGCUGAAACGGUGGAGCAACUAUCUUCAGAGGCAGCUUAUAAGGAAUCUCAGUGUGCUGCCAGAAGUUGAUCUGCUUGGUUAUAGUGCAAGAGAAUGGAAUGGAGAAACAAAGCAGGCCAAACAGAUGAGGGAGGCAUAUGAAGAAUUGUUUAGGAGCUGUCAUAUCAAAUACCUGAGACAAGUCAGGAGGGACAACUAUAGCGUAGUAAGAGCGGUGCUUUUUCAGAUAUUCAGCCAAGGCAUUCAUUUUCCUUCGUGGAUGAAGGAAAGAGAUAUAUUGAAGCUCCCUGAAAAGCUUUUGUAUUCUCAAGGUUGUAACUGGAUUCAGCAAUACAGUUUUGGGCCGGAAAGAUACACGGGUCCCAAUACCUUUGGGAAGCUGCGCAAAUGUAUGGAGGCGUUAAAGACAAAUUGGGCUGAAAUAAGUGCUACAAGAGAUCAUGAAGAAAGAGGAAGUAUGUGUAAUACACUGUUUUCUGAUGAAAGUAAGGAAUACAAACUGUAUGAGGCCAUAAAAUUCAUCAUGCUCUAUGAAGUUGUUGAAGCCUAUGAGCAGAUGAAGAGCAGGGACGUACCCGUACACAACCUUUUUAGCCUUCUCUUUGCUCGUGACUCUUCGUCUGACCCUCUGAGUUUCAUGAUGAAUCAUCUGAACUCCAUAGGUGACUCUGUUUGCCUGGACCAGGUUGAACUGUUUCUUCUUGGAUACUUACUUGAAGUAAAGAUACGAGUUUACAGACUGCAUAGGUUUAAUACAGAGGAAUUUCAAGUAACCUAUCCAAAUGAAUACCGAAGGGAAUGGAAUGAGAUUUCUCUCCUGACUGAGGAUGACCGCUACUAUCACAUCCCCCUUUUCAGAACGUGAAGGACCAGUGACUUUUUUUUCCCUUUGUACAGUACAGUGAGUGACCUAUUCCUCUGAAUUAGGUUUCUAAUCAGGAGCAGUAAAAUCUUGAGAAUGCUCAUUAAUGAUUACAAAAUGAUUUAUGGGUUUAUUGUGUAAACAUUUUGCUUUUCCAUUGCAGCUCAGUUCACCAUCAGUCAGCCAUAAAAAGCAUAAAAUUUAUUGCUAUACUAUCUGAGGGGAAAAAUGUGACAUUUUAGGGUUUUCAGACAAAAAUAAUUGGUCUGCUUGACAAGGAAGGCAAAGGUUAUACUGGGUUUUCCAUUGCUAGCCUAAGGGUUUAAUUCUGACAUCCAUGGAUUGCCUAAAGCAAUGACUGCCUUUCCCUACUCCUGUCUAUCUCUAGCUGGGGAGGAUGAUCACAGAGGAUGGAAAUCCUGCGGUCCCAGAGUUUAUAUUCCAUGCUGUUUAAUUUGCAUUGACUUGGGAUAGGAGGAUAUAAACUGGGGCCUCUGCAUGGCUGCUUCAAAUCCUCUUGGCUUCCCUUGUUGCUGGAACACCUCUCUCCAGGGAUGGGCAGAGCAAGCAGCUGCAGGCUGUACUUAACUUCAGACAUGGGAAAUUGUGCUGUCUGCACACAGCAGUGAUCCCUGAAGAUAAAGAACUGUUACACAGGGGGAAAAAAAUCAACACACAAGAAUACUGUGCCAGAUGAAUGGAAGAUCUCCUGUGUAAGUGAGGAGAGCACAUAGCUCUCUCCAAGGUAAGAAGAGCAGCGAUAAUAGGUCGCAUGCAACGCCAUCACGCCCAGUAGUUGUGUAUGGCU